AUGAUUUUCUUGACGCUUCCCAGGGACAAGAGCAAUCCAUUGGAGCCAGUGGAGAAUGCGGCGGCCGGCGACGACGAUAGCAUCGUGAUCGAUCUCGAGGGGGCUCUGCUCAAAUCCCCGAGCUGGUUUCAAUACUUCAUGCUCGUCGCGAUCGAGGCCGGGAGCCCCCUACGAGCGCUCCUCCUCUUUUUCAUUCUUCCCUUCGCGUGGAUCACUGGCUGCCUCGUCCAUCCCGCGCUGGAGCUCCAGAUUCUCUGCUUCGUGGCGGUGGCCGGAUUGAGGGCCUCGGCGGUGGAAUCCGUGGGGCGGGCAGUUCUCGCUAAGUUUUUCCUCGAGGAUUUAAACCCCGAGACCUUCCGGGUGUUCAAGGCUUGCGGGAAGAGAAUGGUGGUGACGAGCUUGCCAGCGCUGAUGGUGGAGCCUCUGGCGAGCCACUACCUUGACGCGAGCGCGAUUGGAUCCAAGCUGGGCAUCACAAGCAAGGGUUACUGCACUGGAUUGAUCAAUAUGGUCGUUUGCAGCGAGAACAAAGCUCAGCUAGCUCAAAAACACUUCGGUGGCGAUCGCGCUCCAAUCAGCAUUGGGAUUGGAAGCGGUAGCGGCACCGAUUUCCUGGGCGUUUGCAAGAAAUGCCUGGAUGCUCGAUCCAAUCCCUCGCCCCCCUGCGCGACGGUGCCCAAGAAGGACUACAUCAAGCCGCUCGUCUUCCACGACGGCCGCCUCAUCAAAUCGCCCACGCCGCUCCACUGCCUGGCCAUCGGGCUCUGGAUCCCUCUCGCGCUCCCGCUCGCCAUCAUACGCGUCGUCGUCGGCCUCGCCCUACCCAGCCGCCUCGCCCUCCCCGCCGAGGCCCUCCUCGGCAUCUCCAUCCGCGUCGCCGGCUGCAUACCGCCGGGCGCCGCCGGGUCAACGGACGAGACCGAGCCAACGCGCCGCACGGCACACCGCGGCGUGCUCUUCGUCUGCACGCACCGGUCGCUGCUGGACCCGGUCUUCAUCUCCUACGCCCGAAUGCGCCACGUCAAGACGGUCACGUACUCGGUCAGCCCCGUGUCGGAGGUGCUGUCCCCGAUACGCACCGCCCGGCUCACCCGGUGCCGCGAGCACGACGCGCGGACCAUGGCGCGGCUGCUGGACACGGGCGACCUGGCGGUGUGCCCCGAGGGCACCACUUGCCGCGAGCCAUUCCUGCUGCGAUUCAGCGCCCUGUUCGCGGAGCUCACGGACCGGAUCGUCCCGGUCGGGGUCACGAGCAGCCUGACGAUGUUCCAUGCCACUACUGCGCGCGGCUGGAAGGCGCUAGAUCCACUCUUCUUCUUCAUGAAUCCCAGGCCGGGAUACGAGGUCCGGUUCCUGGCGCCACUGGCAGCGGAGGAGACGUGUGUGGGCGGUGGCAGGCCCAGCCACGAGGUGGCCAACCGCGUCCAGAGGAUGCUGGCCGAGUCGCUGGGCUACCAGUGCACGAAUCUCACGAGGAGGGACAAGUACCGGAUGUUGGUAGGGAACGAUGGCAUCGUCGGAGGAGGAGGACCUUGUCCGUUUAGGAAGUGA